AUGUCACCGGAAGUUGUUGCAGCUAGCGGGGAUAUUUCAUUUUUUUCUGGCAGUAUUGCCAGAAAGUCACCAGAAGUUGUUUCCGCUAGCGGUAAAUGCCAUAAAUAUUCACCAGAAGUCAAAUGUCUACUGUACUGGUUACUGUUAACUGAGAAAUAUCAGGUGAAUCUCAAUGAACAAUCGAAUAGCAGCACAAAGGAAAAAAUCAGAGACAGAUAUUUUCCCGAUAAUACUGAUGGUGAUUGGGUAGAUCCUCCUGAUGGGAUCACAGAAGCACAUAACGGUAAGAUAACCUUUAUAUCAGAUGAUAUCAGACAUGACGUCAUGUAUGCCUUUGUUACGGAGUGUCUGGUGAAGGACAGUGAUCUGGAGUUUUUCCUGACCACGGCGUCACGUGACGUGAUAUCAGAAUACUGCCGGUCCUGGGAUUAUAAGAGGAGUGAGGGAGAGAGAUGUCUGUAUGUACCGGCCAGUCCGGAGAAGAUGUACGAGCUCUUUAUAGACAAACUACAGCUGGACAUCAUCACACACUGUACCGUGUCUGACGGGGAUUUUCAUUACAGGACCAGUACACGUUUAAACAUACCGGAGGAAAUUUUGACAUGGGAUUUGAGUGCCAGGAAAAGAUUUGUUGAGAGUCUCCGCCAUGGAAGAGUACAAAUGUUCCGUGGACGAGGUAUGAUUGUGGGAUGCGCAGGCGCAGGUAAAACAACUCUACUUAGGAAGCUUCAAAGAAGACACACAGAGGAAAAUCAACCUACAGAAACAACAAUUGGUCUAGAGGUCCAUGAAGAUUUGUUUGAAAUUAAAGAUGACACUUUAUAUGAUUUCAGUGUUAACGCUGAAGAUGAUCCGAUUACAAUACGUAUACAGAACAGGGAAGAGGAAAAAGGGGAAGGUUAUCAAAGGCAUUCAUCUUCACAGCAGCCAUGGUACAAAGCUGAUCAGUAUGACAGACUUUGCGGGACAAGUGGCUUAUUACGCAUGUCACCAG